UAUACUAGACCUUCCAAAAAGCCGGAAACUUCUAAAAAUCGGACGAUUUGCACUGUCCCGAAUCUUCUUCUUCUAUCUUCUAUAUAUAACGUACUUCUUAAAGUCCGAACUUCCAACUUUGGAACACUUGAAGAUAUUUUCGAAGUAAUUGACUAAUUUUAAUAUAAUUUUACUUUCAGAAACUGUACUUCACAAACAAGUAUAGAUUUGUUUGAAUGCAAAUCUGCUCUUCCGGGAAAAAUUUAUCUGUGAUUCCAUUGUUUGCUAAAUAGCGAUGAAGGAUUAUUUUGACGCGCAUUAGAAUCAAAACAUGUCAAUCAAAAGAUCAAACACAUCCGAAGAUCUUGUUGAUAAGAUAAUGACAUUUUGUUAAAAAAAUGAUUAGCUGCUUAUACCAAACUUCUUCAUUGACUUUUAAUUUUAAUCGUGUUAUUUUUAAAAAACCAACAUUUAGUUAAGGAAUUAAUCAAACAGGCUGAGUUCGAAUAUUUAACUUCGGACAAAGGUUUGAUUUCUUUAUUUGUCAAACUGUUCAAGGCUUGAUGAAAGUUUGCAAAAAAUAUGAGUAAACCUUUUAAAUGCACGGCAUAAUCAAAAUGACUUCGACAUUGUAGAAAUAUCGUAAAACGGAAAUGUCCAUACAGGACAAAAGAAAGGAUAACUUUCCCGUCUAGACUUGCUCUAAAUCACAGACAACAAUUGAUGGUGUGCAGUUGUAUUGUCCAAAACACUUUGUACUUCCAAAUACCGGAAAUUACGUUACACAAAACACCGGACCUUUCUUCUGAUCCUGUAAUAACAAUAAUCAUGAACAUCCAAAUACGUUCUUAGUGAUUGGAUAAUUGCCAUAAUAUCUAUAAAAUGCAUAACACAAACCCCCUGUACCGUAAGAUACAUUCAAAGUCGUAGGAGAAGCAUCCGCAUCCAGUUUUCGAGGGAUAAAGUCAUAACUAUGAAAAAGGUAGAAAUACACGUGUGUUCUUCAUCUUAAUGAUCAUACUUGUUGCCGGCUUGCAAGUAAUGAUUCAUCGGAUAAAAACAAAUUGUGAUCCAACUAUGUGCUGAACUUGCUUGAAAAUUAGGAUGAAAUAUGUAAAUUAAAUGGAUAGAAAGACCUGCAGGAGAGGUGAACAAAUUGUUUUGGUCCAAAGCAGAACGAAAGCAAAUACCAACGAGGACUAUUAUGAAGAACAUGUUUCAAGUUGCAAUGAAACUUUCAAUACAACGUUUGAAGACAAUCUCCAGGUUAUACAGAACUACCCCAUAGGCAAUGCAGAUGUAUAUGUACGACGUUUCGGUGCAUACAACGAUGGGCCGAAGGAAAUCAGAGCAUUUCCUGUCUUUGUUACAGCAUUUGAUGAGACGCAUUACAACGAAUCGCAAGGACUAUUUAAGUCUAUACAUGAAACAUUUCUGGUCAGUCCAAAGUACAAAGAUAAACUGCUUAUCCUUGUGUACGAUCUAGGAAUGACACCGUCUCAAAUUCGCACGGUUGAGAACAAUUGUAAGUGUGAAGUUCGACAGUUUAUAUUCCAGCAAUUUCCGCAACAUGUCAAUGUUCUCCAAACAUACGCUUUCAAGCCACUUAUAGUGCAGGAAGUUUUAAUGGAGUUUGGCUUUGUUUGGUGGAUGGAUACUUCUAUACGGUUUAGAACGAAUGAUAUUGAUUCUGUGAUAGAAAAUGCUAAGAAGUAUAGUUACCUAUUCACAGUUUCUCUUAAUUAUUUAGCAGUCGGCACGCUUACUAAACAUACUUUCAAAGCAACUUUUGACUUUUUACGAGAAGACAGAUGCAAGUUUAAACGAUUCCAUGAAAUAUGGGCAACUACUCUGCUCUUCCAUUUUGAUCGAAUAACGAGUAUCGUCGUCCGAGCAUGGGUAAAGUGCGCCUUAAAUGAACUCUGUAUUGCACCCGAAGGAAGUCUUCACAAAAGAGGUUGUAAUUUUCAACACGAUUAUGACGGACGCUGUCAUCGUUUUGAUCAAUCUGUUUUAGGUAUCAUAACACGCAGAAUAAUCAACGAAUAUGAUUAUCCGACUGCAAGAACUCUUCCCCCAAAUAUCUACAACAUAGAACGUCGCAAUAUAGUGCCAUAUUUUGAAUAGUAUGCAAUGUAUAUUAAUAAACUGUUUCACAUUUGCUGAUAAAGUCCCUUGUAUUCAUUUGACAGUAUCAGCGGCUUAUGAAGAAGUUGAUAUUUGUCAAUAGAUGACGUGAGUCGCAGGACUUUCCGAUUUGAAUGGAAAUUAAAGUAUUCCAUUCCAAAACGAAACGUGGCAGCAAACUUGUUUAUAAAUGUACCUGUAUAUUUCAGGUGAUGACUAUCUGGUCCAUAAUCAUGUUUGUUAAUCUCCAUGUUGUUUACUCUUGUUAAAAGCGAGAGCAAUCACGAAAAUUGCCAUGAACUAUCUUGCAAAUUGAUUAUAGUUUCGCUUUUAAUUUCAGUCAAUGAUUCGCAUCAAUUUGUCCCGAUCCAAAACAACUUCUUUAGGCGCUGAAAAUUUCUAUCUUCUAGUUCCAUUUGGCUCUAUAUUACCAUAAACAGUUCUUCUUACGUUCCUCAUAAAAAACUACACAAAAAUACCUAUAUUACAAAAGACAAUAUUUAACCUAUGUCAUCAUUUCUGUCCCUCAAAGGGUAACAACUGCUUGUAACAGUAAGUUAAAUUAACAGAAAAUAAACCAGCAGGUAUUAAUCAUAGCAUAAUUUUAUUAAUAAAACUUAUAAUUCAAGUACCUUAAAAUAUCAAAUAACCAUAAAGUCCUGUCUUAUAUGUAAUAAAAUUCCAAUUCCCGUCCUGGUCAAAUUUCAAUCCAAACAAAUUAUUCACAUACCCAAACUUAAUUUAGUAUGCCCAAUGUAUAUAAAUCCUCUCUCAAAGAUAUAUUUUCUUUAAAUUCACAAUUUUAAUGUGAAUCAUACAAGUGCUAAAUAUAAAGCUUUUCAAUAAGUUGUUUCUAGGUUCUGCCCUGUCCUCCGACAGCUUUCUUUUUUAAAGUAUGACGGAAGGUUCCGGAACUUUCAAGUAUCACUAAGAAUAAAAGUGAAAUCUUGGAAAACCAAGAACAAUCCAGACUUUAAAAAUAAUUGUAACGCCUUGCUUAUCAGUAUUAUGGGAGAACAUGUUUCUUUCUGGAACAUCAUAAAAUAUAAACGACUAAUAUAAUAAUAUAAUGUAAAGUUGUAUUUUUCGAUAAUAAUUACGUAGUUGUGAAGUAAAAGAAAUGACGUCGUGUAGUUAUUAAAUUUUAGACUGACAAAAUUUAAAAAAGACUAAAGUUAUUUGUAUAAAAUGACCUGAACAUAAUACGCUUACAUGUUGUUGAUAUAUCAAGACUAUCCUUCUCAAACGUCUUUAAGGCUAGCAACUGUGAAAAGACUGGGUUUUCUUUUUUAUGACCAUCACAGCGUAAAAUAUUCUACCAAGUGUAUUUCAUAAGAAUUGUUGCUAAUUGUCGUCAAAAAGAUGUCCUUUUAAAAUUAAGAUAUAUAACAUAACGCAUCAACAUACAACAGCAGCAGACGCAGUUUGAGUUAGUAUAAAAUGUGCAAAACCUCUUAAGAACUAUCUACAAUGGCAAAAAUGCUGAACAAAACUAUGAUGACAGCUCUAUUAUAGUAGUUUACGCAUGUGCUGCACUAAAUUCUGGAUUGUGUGGGAGCUUGAAAAAUCUGUCGUUACUCUAUGUACAAAAAAUAGCGAAGUUAAAAUUUGAAUUUAGAUUUAUGUCAGAUGAAAAUGUUUUGGUUUGUUGCGUUCCAUUAACAUAAAGAUUAUACUCUUCAUAUAUUCAAAUCAGACAAGAUCAUUCCUUUGUUCAUUUAUUUAAGACUUUCAUAUAAGGGCUUUGAAUCGCAACUGUUCUUUGCCUGACAUUUACAAUUGUGUAAUAAGUUAUUUACGUUUUAAGUACACAACUUGUUCUAAA